AUGUAUGUAUGUAUUCGUAACUUUGUGAGAUAUUGUUACAUUGUUGUUGCUUCUACUGCUUCUACUGCUUCUACUGCUUCUACCCCUACUGCUGCUAGCACUGGUGCUGGUGCUGAUGCUGAUGCUGAUGCUGAUGCUGAUGCUGAUGCUGGUGCUGGUGCUAGUGCUAGUGCUAGUGCUGGUUAUUUAACUUGGAUAAACAUUGAUAUCUACAGCUUUCCUUUCAAUCUGUCAGUCCUACCAAAUCUAACCCACUCUGCACUUCUGUACACAGUUGCAUGGAAACCAGAGAAACCAAUAAAUACAUAA